AUGGCAAAUCGUCGUCGUGCCGUGAGCAUGGCCUUCAAUGGCAUGGUGUCAGAAGAUGAAGAGCGAAAAACAAAAAAAUCGCUCGCUGACGUCAAAACCCUUUACAAAGAUAUCCGGUAUGACUGGUCUCAAUUGACGACAGGUGACACCACUCCAAUAGAAUUGGCAAUUGCGUUUCUUGACGACACGUCUGUUGGUCUAGCUCACAGAAAGGCGGAGUUCGAUGAAUUAUGCGAGAUCACUAGUGAUACACUCAGGAAAGCUGUUGUGGAGAACCACGAGAUCUUCAAUAACUCUGUGGGGCUGUAUCAUAUGCUCAUGUCUAUUGCAAAGGAGUCUCAGGAAGAUUCUGCGCAGAUAAAGGAGCUCAUAGAGAGCAGUACUCGUGACAUGAAAGACAGAAUGGGGAUCCUCAAGGAGCUAGAUAGCAGCUCAGAGAAGUAUUCAGAGAUGCUCGAGAUCCUCGACGCUAUCGAGCUCUUACAUGGUAUUCCUGAUACAGUGGACAAGCUCUCCGCUGACAAGGAAUUACACAAAGUGUAUGAUACGAUAUCUGAGGGCUACAAAAUUGCAGCCAAGUUCAAUCUAUGGCAAUUACCUGCCUUGUCGGGUAUUCAGAGCUACCUAGAUAAUCAAUCCAAUAGUCUUUACGAUAUGAUAGUUGACGAAUUGAGAAAUGAGAUCUACUUGAAGAGCUCAAACAUCUUCAAUCAGGACAAGGACUCGUGGAUCGAUCACCUCUCGUCGAAUAACCCACAAAUUGCCUCCUUUAAGACACUAGUGCAACAGCUGAACAAUUUAGAGCUGUACAUUUAUAACUCUGCGAAUUUGGAUAUCGGAGAGAUUGCACGUUGUUUCACAGAAACAACAGCUUCAUUCAUUGAACGUCAGCUUCCUAGAAUUCACGCUCAUUACUCCAAAUCUGAGAAUUCCAAAGCCGACUACGCAUUGAUCCUAGAAUAUGCAUCAAACCCUUUUUCCGAGCAGUAUUACUAUCUUUACAUGUUAUUGAGAACAGCCUCUAAACUCAAUAGGCUACAUUCAGUCUUGGACAUUUUAUUAUCAUCGGUACAGGUUGAGUUGCAUGAUUUGAUCAACCGCACUACGCAAGAAUGCAAGCAAAGAAACUUGACACAAUUAUCUCGACUUGCGAAAGCUAUGAAGUUCGAGCUAGGUGCUGGCACAGACACCAUCAGUGGGCAAACCUUUAAUGAUGCAGCUGUCCCUAUUUUACAAGAUUUCUUCAGCACUAUCCUCACAAAGGCCAUUUUAGUUCUUCUGAAGCACAGGGUCGUAUGUGAUAUAGUGAAACUAAUUGAAGGUAGCCAUAAUGCGUCUAGUGGGCGUGAUUCAAAUAUAGGGCCGCCAACUCCAACUUACGACUUCAAGACCAUAUGGAACUUGCUUAAAAAGGAAAUUGAAACACUUAUUGUGAGCUACAUCCAUGAAGACAACACUGCUGAAAAAUCCAAGCACCUGAAGGAUCAUGGCUCAUCGACUAGUAAGUUACACCAAGUCCUUGCUAAUAAAAAACUAUUCCUGUUUGAUAAUGUAUCUGACGGGAGUACCAGCAGAACAAUGGAAGAUAUGUCCUUGGUUCUCAACGAGAUGUUCCCAGGUUUCAGCCCGAGCUCUGCAAAAGGUUCUUCGCAAGCUUCCACAGCAGAAUUGUCACCGUACAUUACGCACGAACAGUUCAAUAUAUUGGCCGAGGACCUUGUGCCCAAAAAUAUUUUCAAUACGAGGGUUAUCCUUGAGUUCUUCCUUAUAUUCACGGCAGCCUCUCAUGAAAUGCUAAAUGAUUUUGGCAAAAUAAAAGAGUCAACCUCGUUAGCCAACCAAUUUUUUAAAAAUUUCAUGAAGAACUCAUUUCACAAGAAGCUCCAGAAUGAACUCGAAAGGAGUUUCGAAAGAUGCAUGACAAGUGAAUAUGAACGACGUAUAGCGGCAGACGGCUCACAGUUCGGUUUUAAAUUCUCACAACAGACAAUUACAUUAAGCGAGGAAGAAGUGGAAUCUCAAGCAAUGACAAGCUAUUCACGUCAAGCGUCUUCCCUGAACAGGAUUUACAUGAAUGCAAGCAAUUUUAGGAGGUUAUUCAUUCACACAUGUCAUUCGCUUAACACGUCUUUCACAUACCGAGAAGAUAUUAGCAAUCUAGCAUUGAAUCUACUCAGGAAGUUCGCAAAGGCGUAUAAUGAAUAUUUUAAGGAAUUGAUGUCAUCAGGUGUCGGACACGAUAUAACUGAAUUGGGAAUUGGAAUUGGAGAGCGAGAGAUCCAUAUUCUGCCAAUUAAUCGAUGGCUCAACAAUCCAGCUCUUCUCGAGAUGAGUGGAGGUAUACUUCAACACCAUGACAAUCUCAAGGAUUGUGCUCCUUUGAUAGACAAAGAGAUUGAAUUGAUGCUCCACAAGUCACAACAGAACUACGAUAUUUUUGACGUCACGAAGGAUGAUUUACUUGACGAUGAAUGGUUUAAUCAGGUCUGCUAUUUACUACUCACAGCAUCAUGGAUCCUACAGUGGUUACCAGAUAUGAGAAAAGAGUCCAACUAUUCAAUUAACGAGGGAGCGAACCUGAAGGCUAGAAUAUCGGAUGUUGAUGAAAUGAGAUUUGAAUGGUCCAUCCUAGAGAAUGGUAGACCCACAUUUGCUGGCACUGAGAGGACACAGAACGUCUAUUUGACUCUCAAUCUGUUGAAGAUUGGAGAAUUUGACGAUGUCAUACAAACCUUCGAGAGCAUAAGAGAUCAGAGCUUGAUUGCUUUGAGGUAUGAUCUUCGACUCAAGGCAUUGCAUUACAUUGGUAAAUCUUACGGCGAAAGUUUUGUUUAUGGUACCGAGCCGGCAGAUUGCGAUCAAUUCAUUGGCCAAUACAAUCGUGAAGUUUACUCGAUUGGAACAAAGAUAGGCGAAAUAUUAACAUCCGCAGAGAACGAUUGUGCUUUCGUUGGCUUGCCUACUUUCUUGACGAGAGCAUUUUUGCAAGGAAGCGAACGCGUUAAGAUUGCCAACGCUCCUGGAAUUAAACGGAUUGUUUUAAAUAUCUCCACGAUACAACAAAUGCUUCGAAGUGUGAUGAGGCAGGUGGACCAUGUCGACUUUGACAAGGCAUCCAAAUAUUUUGACCUUUUCACUAAAAAAGAUCAAGAGUUGCUCAAAGAAAUUUCACAAAACAAACAACUUUUCACUCGUGAGGAGAUGCUUAAUUUGCUUCGCUUGAUAUACAGCGAUAAGCUUCAACCGAGCGAAAUGAGUUCCUUCCAUCAAAGUAAAUUCAAGGAGCUUUCUAAAAAAAUCGCAGAUAUUUAUGCAUGA